GCCAUAUCUCGUUUUCUAAGAUUGACCUCAGAUCAUCAUACUUUGCUUCGGAGAGCCUCGCCUUUGUCACUUCCGAAGAUGACGUCCCGAAUUUCGCGAACUUUAACUGUGGUAAUAAGCUGUAUCGCUGUUCUGGUCGGUUGCAAUCCAAAGUUUGAUGAUGGAGGGUUUGUGCCAAGUUCCAUCAGUUAUAUGGAAAAGCAUGCGAAAGUACAGGAUCAGAUAGCUAUGCCGUCGUCUCAGAUUAAACAACGAGAAGAAAAUCCACUGAAACGCGAAUCUGAGAUGAACGACGUUACGGAUCGCGGUCAGGAAGCGCGAUUUGGUUUCACCAAUAUCGGAGGUACAGGAAGCGGCUACGGGAUGUCCCCUUAUGCACCAGCCAAGAUAGAUCUUGGCGGACUUCUCUUGGGAGCCAUCAUUGGUGUGGGAUCAAUUCUUAUCAUCCCAAAGUUGCUUUACAUCUUAUCGGGCACUUAUGGUGCUUACGCGAGAAGUGAGGACUCCAAUUUCGCUCAGACCUUGACGAAAAUCGAUGACGUUCUCACUCGUCACGGCAUCGACACGACCUCGUGCAUGCAACGCGCGGUGUGCACCUAUUCUCAGCAGGCGGCCGCCGCGGUUGGCGACGAGAAUGGGAGCAGGAACGAGGAUGACAAGGACGAGAAAGUGACGGCCUUCGACAGGAUGGUGAACGCCAUCACCAGCAAUCAGGUGUUUCGCACCGCCAUGCAAGGCACGGCGAUUGAAGAGGCGGUGAAGAUCGGCAGGGCUAACAGAAAUGGCAAGGACAGCUGUUCGAUAUCGUAUCCGAAUUGCAGCUUCUCGAUGGAGACGAUGCUGUCACUGCUGGCCAACGUCAUCGCGACGGCAAACGCGCGGGUCACGACGCCCACCGCGGCUUCGUCGCUAUAACAAUUAAUUCAUUUAUGUAAUUUUCAUUCUGCUCCUUCGAAAGACGACACACUAUAACAAUUAAUUCAUUUAUGUAAUUUUAAGGUAUUUAAUUAAAUCAAGAAAAAAAGCAAUGAAAAUGAUGUCCGAUGUCUGAUUCACUAAGUCAUAUGUUCAGUACAUUUUUCAGAAUGAGAUGAAGAGGAAAGAGAGGCGACGACAAUGCAUUGAUAAUUUUAAAAUAUAUACAUAAUACUGAUGCAGCAUCGUUUACGAGGAGCGGAUACUUCGGUUGCUGUUUUCUCGCGAUAUAUUCUAGUUCGAUUCAUACAACGAUAGUCUCAUCUUUAUUUCGUAGAGAAUUACAUGUGUACAUGUGUGUAUGUGUGUAUGUGUAUAAACUAAUAAUAAAAGUGAAACUCUCUCUCGAACCUUCCUCCCUCGCUCGUGCGCUCAACGUGACAAACUUUUGUCU